AUGAAGAGAGGAAGCGAAGAGAUCAAAGAAGAGACCUCACCAUUGCCGGCUAAACAUUUUCAGCGCCGGGAAGUUUCCAUCGCCGAAGAUAUCGGUAUUCCUAUCGAUCUAAUGGUGGAAAUACUCAAGAAACUCCCUGCAAAGUCUCUCAUAAAGUUCCAAUGCGUCUCCAAACAAUGGUCAUCAAUUAUAGGCAGCAGUAGAGACUUCAUAGACUCGAUCGUGACUCGUUCUUUGUCUCAGCCUAGUCGUGAUAUACUCAUCUCAUUUUCCACCACAUUGACAAAUUCCCUAAAACAGAUUUCUUCAUCUUUUCCUCUACGUACCCUAGAUAUACUGACAAAGAAUCAGUCCUAUACUGAGGCAGCUAUAUAUAACCCUACCACGAGGCAGUCCCUUUCUUUACCGGAAACCACGGCCGGCCACUCCCAUGUGAGCACUUCCUUCUUAGGAUACGACCCUUUCAAGAAUCAAUACAAAGUAAUAUGCCUAGACAAUUAUAAGAGGCGGUGUUGUCAUGUUUUCACAUUGGGAGAUGCCAUAAGGAAGUGGAGGAAAAUCCAAUAUAACUUUGGACUUUACUUUCCAUUGUUACCUCCAGUUUGCAUCAAGGGAACUAUCUAUUACCAAGCAAAACAAUAUGGUUCUACGUAUGUAUUGUUGUGUUUUGAUGUUAUAUCCGAGAAAUUUGAUCAGGUCGAGGCUCCAAAGACAAUGAUGGAUCAUCGAUACACUUUGAUAAACUACCAAGGGAAGUUAGGAUUCAUGUGUUGCCAAAACCGGGUGGAAAUUUGGGUUAUGAAGAAUGAUGAGAAAAAACAAGAAUGGUCUAAGAUAUUCUUUUACGAGAUGGCGGGUUUUGAGAAAUGGCACAUUGCCCGUGCCACUCCUAGUGGUGAGAUCGUUUUUGUCAAUAGGUUGUUACUAAGUUGCCAAACAUUAUAUGUCUACUAUUAUGGUCCGAAGCGAAACAGUAUGAGAAGGGUUGAAGUCGAAGGUACUAAGUAUAGACGUAAACAUCUUGUUCAUAUAUGCCCUGUUCCGGAUCACGUCGAGAAUACGAUGCGUUUGUAA